UGUGCAGUUUAAAACAAUAUUACAUGCCGAAUAAUAUUUAUAUUUAUCUUAUAUUGGUUAUAUUAAUUUAUCAUAUAGUGUCUGGUGCUUAUACGAACACAUCAGUAACGUUAGUGUUAUUGGUUUGUAGGUUGACCUUGGUUUUGGAAUUUUAUUAGGUACAUGCAUUAUUUCACUCUAAUAAAAAAUCUAUCUUGAAUCUUGACACAUAUUUCUGUUGUGUGAACUUGUGAAUGUGGUCAAGAUUCUAUAAUAUUUUAUAACUGCUGUAAAUAUUAACAGGCUGGAAACUUAAAACAACUUGUUGGAGUAAUUCUAAGUACCUACUUCCUUAAGUUUUGAAAUGGCAUAUACCAAUAAGGUAACCGUAGAAGUCCCCUUAUUUCUUAUUUAUGUAUACUUUUUGCUAACAUCUUCUGUGGUAACGAAUUUAAUUAUUUAUCGAACUUGCUAUGUAACACUCGGAUAUAAUAAAAGCGAUUGUUCUCAACUGGGAAAUAAAGAUAAUAACGUAACUCAUCACUACGAAAAAAUUGUUCAACCUUAUGCAGAUGUCGUAUUAAUGGUAAAGUCCCUUUUCGAUCUACUUCUACCGAUGUUCAUCUGUCUAAUGGCAGGAUCAUGGUCUGAUAAACAUGGCAGAAAACCAGUUUUGUUGGUUACUUUAGGAGGUAUAGCUUUGAGUGCUGCGUUUUUAAUAUUCUACAGCUUAUUUGAAAAUUUAUCUCCUUGGAUAUUUGUGAUGUCUGCAAUACCAACCAUGAUAACAGGCAAUCGUACUACAUUUUUUGCCAUAACACUGUCCUACAUAUCUGAUACUUCGACAAAUCAAACCAGAGGCAUAAGAAUGGCCUUUUGUGAAGUGGCUUUAGCAGCUGGUUCUCUCUUAGGAAGUAUUUCAAGUUCGUAUAUAUUUUACGCCACCAAUUAUCCAUCAAUGUUUGCCAUUGGUUUGGCGUGUGUAUCGAUUGGUAUAGCGUAUACAAUCUUUUUCGUACCAGAAUCUAUAGAAGAUAGGCAGAAAUCACGGAAAUUAAUAACAAAUACCGAGGGCGAAGGUGAAGGAAAGGGCGAAGGUGAAGGAGGGAGCGAAGAGGAACAACCAGUCAAGAUGAACUUGUUUAAAGAUAUUAUUCAAACUACCAUUAAAAAACGGGAAAACUAUGAUAGAGCAGUAAUCAUUCUAAUACUUGUGUGCAUUGUAUUUUACGAUUUUCUCAUACAUGCAGAUACAAGCAUCCGAUAUGUCUUUCUUCGUUCAAAGCUGCAUUGGACAUUUCCAAAGUACAAUCUUUUUAACAGUGUUUGUAUCUUAAUUUCGAUUACGGGUACCGUGGCUGGGAGUUAUAUUCUUCAAAGGAUGUUCCAUAUGAAGAAUUCCAAAAUUGCUAUGAUAGGAUUGACAUCUAUGUAUAGUUGCGUCAUCUUGCAGUUUCUUGCUACCAAUGAUACAAUGAUUUAUAUUGCUGGUGCUUCAAAAUGUUUGGGAGAACUGGUCUCUCCCAUGCUGCGAGCUAAAAUAUCCCAUUUAGUACCAUCUGAUGAAGUUGGUAAGAUAUUCGCCAUGGUCGUGGGAGCUGGAGCUCUGGUUAAUGCUACGUUAACACCUGUAUAUACAUUAUUUUAUAACAGUACGAUCUACAUUAACUCUGCGUUAUAUAAUUUGCUUUCCAUUGCUUUAUUGACAAUGAUUGCUGCUUUAGUACUAUUAAUAGUAUAUUUGGAACAAAAAUCUCAAAUAAAUACACCUGCAGUUCAGAUUGUUGAAGAAGAUAUAAAUGAAAGCUAAUUUUAAGAAUGUGAUAGUCCCAGGAAGGCAGAAGACUUACUUUUUUGACAUUUUUUUUAAGUUUUAUUAAAGAAAUUUUUUUAGUA